UAAGUUGCAGUGGGUGUGUGUGUGUGCUGCCAGUGCGACAGGUUGGAUGAGUUUGGGAAGGUGAAUGAACUUGCUGCAGCAGAGGCCGUCAGUGUAGCUGCAGGUCCCACAGGUGAGCUGACCUGUCCACACCUGUCCAGCAGAUCAUGGCGGCAGCGGAGUCCAGCCCUCUGACCACUCACGUGCUGAACACGGCGGACGGCAUCCCAGCAGCCAGGAUGGCCCUCAGCCUGCACCGACUCGACUCCAAACAGAUGAUCUGGAACCUGCUGAGCGUCGGUUUAAUGAUUUCUAGGACAACAAAUGAAGACGGCCGCUGCCCAGGACUCGUCAGCCGACAAGCUUUCAUCCCCGGCAUGUAUAAGCUGCGCUUCGAGACUGGUCCAUACUGGGAGACUGUGGGUCAGACCUCCUUUUACCCAUAUGUAGAGGUCGUGUUCACCAUCAGUGAUCCUGAGCAGAGGUUCCACCUCCCUCUGCUGAUGAGUCGGUUCUCCUACAGCACCUACAGAGGAAGCUGAGAGCUGAUGGACGGAGACGCUGUCGUCUCUUGUCAUGUCCACUCACAUUGUCUUUAGCCCAACCGUAUUUUUGUUACUUUUGCUACCUGCUGAGUUGUAAAUAUGUCAUUAGAGAAUACAGUUUGUUUAUAGAAAUGUGCAUUCAGUGUGACAUGAGCAUUUUAAUCAUCACCGCUAAUGAAGAGCAAAAAUCACAUUUAAAGCUCCUCUGAGUUAAGUUACCUAUUAAAUGUGCAUUUAACAUUUUUUGUAAUUGAUGUUUCAUGAUUAUAUUAACUAUUCUACUGGAAUAAAAUCCUGAGUAAAA